CUGAGCACCAAUCAGAGUGUCUGUCUCACUCAGUCAUCCCAUCCCUCUUCGCACAGCACUUGUUCCCCUCCGUCCUCAGAUUCACAUUCCUCCUCCUGCCUCCGCGGAGAAGAUGCUGCGGCGCUCCCAGCAUCCUCCACGGUUCGGCUCGCUCCGGGACCUCUGAAGCAGUCAUGCCGGGGUACCUCAGGCUCCUGCUUGUGCUCCUGUGUUUGGUUCUGAUCGGGGAAUGUCGGAAACACCGGAGCAGGAAAAAGCGCUGGUCUGCGCCGGCGGAGACCCCAAAACCCGGGAGCCCUCUGGCAAAGAAGGUCGCUGACGGCACUAAAAACAGAAAGCUAAAGACCACUCACCUCCUGCGGGUUGAUGAACACGACUUCACCAUGAGGCCGGCUUUUGCAGGACCUGCAGUCCCAGUUGGAGUGGACGUACAGGUGGAAAGUUUGGACAGCAUCUCAGAAGUAGAUAUGGACUUCACCAUGACUUUGUAUUUGAGGCACUACUGGAAGGAUGAGAGGCUGGCCUUCCCGAGCGCCACUAACAAAAGCAUGACCUUCGACGGGCGCCUGGUGAAGAAAAUAUGGGUUCCUGACGUGUUCUUCGUCCAUUCCAAGAGGUCCUUCAUCCACGACACCACCACAGACAACAUCAUGCUGCGGGUCUUCCCGGACGGGCACGUUCUGUACAGCCUCAGGGUCACAGUCACUGCGGCUUGCAACAUGGACUUCAGCCGAUUCCCACUGGACUCACAGACGUGCACCCUGGAGCUAGAAAGCUAUGCCUACACAGACGAGGACCUGAUGCUCUACUGGAAAAGCGGGGAUGAGUCCCUGAGCACAGACGACAGGAUCUCCCUGUCUCAGUUCCUGAUCCAGAAGUUUCACACCACCUCCAGACUGGCUUUCUACAGCAGCACAGGCUGGUACAACCGUCUGUACAUCAACUUCACUCUGCGGCGGCACAUCUUCUUCUUCCUGCUGCAGACGUACUUCCCUGCCACCCUCAUGGUCAUGUUGUCCUGGGUGUCCUUCUGGAUCGACCGCCGGGCCGUCCCGGCCAGAGUCUCCUUAGGUAUAACCACGGUGCUCACCAUGUCCACCAUCAUCACUGGAGUCAACGCCUCUAUGCCCAGAGUGUCCUACAUCAAAGCUGUGGACAUUUACCUCUGGGUCAGCUUUGUCUUCGUCUUCCUCUCGGUGCUUGAAUACGCAGCUGUCAACUACCUGACAACAGUGAGGGACGGUAAAGAACGCAAGCUUAGAGAGAAAGUGAGACAACAGUCUCAAACACUCCCCUGUGCUUGUGGCAUGCCCCACACAAAGACCAUGAUGCUGGACGGGACCUACAGCGAGGCGGAUGCAAACAGCCUGGCGGGGUACACCCGAGCGUCCAUGCCAGCCGAGGACGCUUCAGACAAACAGGAGCAGAUGGUGGUGCACCUUGCCUUGGACAAUGAGUCCAACGGGACCAAGAGGAAGGGCAUCCGCAGCUUCAGGAUCAUCGAGAACACCCACACCAUUGACACUUACUCUCGCAUGAUCUUCCCAGGCGCCUACAUCCUGUUUAACCUCAUCUACUGGUGUGUGUACUGCUAAUGUCCACGCGAAACAAAAAGUUUUCCAUAAGUUUGGAGGAGUUGUUACCGGCCUGUUCUGGACAGGGUGCCUGGGGAAUAAUCUAGUCUUCUUCACCUGUUGGACGAGAUCUCUUUAAAAAUGAUUUCUAUCAUGUCACGAUGUUGGCGUCCCCCACUCAUGACUUAUUUUUUAUUGGCCUAAUAGUCUCUUGUUUCUAUUGCCAACUUGCAAAACAUUUUCCAGUAAAAGAGCUAACCGUGCUGAAGGUGGCAUCACCAAAUGUUGAUUUCCUGCCUGAUGUGGAGAUGUUUUUGCUCGUUUUUUUAUGUUUUAACAUCUUCCACAAAACUGCAGGAAUAGGUUACCUCCCUCAGAUUCAGCUAAAGAUGUAUUUGGUGCAUUAAAGUCUGUUCUCCUUAGAGCACAGAUGUAAAUAUUUUAAGAAGCAACCAAUUAGAAAUGCUCUUGAAAAAUGUGAUUCCAUUUAGGUGAGGUAGCUCUGGGGCUUUGCCGUCGCUCAUACUGGCACAGUGUCAGGCUUCAAUGGGCUCAGAAACGGACUGGCUGAGCCAUUGGCUUAAUUUAACAAGCUCCUGUCAUUUUCUUUCUUGACAAAUGUCUGCCAUUUUUAUAUUGAAAGGUCAAUACAUAUACAUCAGGUAUAAGAAGUUCACUUGGCUCCUGUUUUCUGACUCAAAUAAAUAAUAAAGUCUCUAUUUACAAUCUGCAAAUGGUAUUCAGCAAAUAUUAAAAUGAAUAACAUAAAAAUGAACAUGAGGUUACAGUAAAGCAGAAGUGUGUUUGGCUUACCUUUUCUUAACCAUCAGACCUCAAGAAUUGUAAUAAUCAGUUCAUGUUUUGCUUGAUUUGUAAUGAUUGUUGUUUGUUCAUGGGAAAAGAUAAAAAACAGAAAAUUAUAAGAAGCUUUUUUUUGGCACUUCUUGUUUUUUUUUAAAACAAAAAAAUUAAAUCUCCACACUUUCAGUGGAAACCACAAAUAAAAAUAAAACGACUACCCAUAAUUUACAGGGGAACACACUUUCACACAGUUGAUAAAGGUCUCCACAUUUGACCCAUCCCUUGCUUUUAGCAGCAACAGCAUCACACUUUUGAAGUCAGACAGACGGCCUGCCUGUCUUGAUGCAUCAGUAAACAGCAAUGUGUCCUGACUGCCGUACAGUAGUGGGAGUGUUUGUUAAGUAGGCCCACUCCCACUACAGUUAAGUUCAUUUUAAGCUGGGUAUGCUAUGCUUUACGCCAAGAACAUCCACACAGUAAGCUAACAUGUCUUUCCAUCAGAGAUGAUAGAGAUAUUCGGAAUCAAGUGAUUCCCAACAAACAUUUUCUGAAUGGCAACCACAAGGCUGCUGCAAGAGUUUGCUAAUAAAGUUCAAGCUUUGA